UCGGCCAAAGCCGGAGCGUCCUCACCGUCAUCCAUCUCAACGUGAAGUGAACCUUCCUCUUCGUUCCCAACGUCUAUUAUAUCUUUCCUCAAUGUUCAGAACGUCGGCCGCACGCAGGGCGUCGCGUCUUGCAAGAAACUUCGCGACUGUCGUUGACACCGCUGGCGUGAAGGUCGCUGCGGUCGACAAUGGCGAAGCAACCUCCGCUGUCACUUUCCUCGUGAAGGCUGGAAGUCGGUAUCAAAACAAGCCUGGCGUUGCCCAUGCUCUUAAAAAUUUCGCCUUCAAGAGCACGAGCAAACGUUCUGCGCUUGGUACGAUUCGCGAGUCUGAGUUGUACGGUGGCGUUCUCUCCUCAAGCCUGUCGAGAGAGCAUUUGGCAUUGACUGCAGAGUUCUUGCGUGGUGACGAGCCAUUCUUCGUGGAUGUCCUCUCUUCCUUCCUCACCAAUGCCAAGUUCACUCGUCAUGAGCUCCAAGAAUACGUUGCUCCCGUCUGUGAAAGCGAAGCUACUGCUGCUGCAGAGAACCCUGCAAGCCGUGCAGUUGAACUCGCACACAUCCUCGCUUUCCGUCAGGGACUCGGCGCGCCAUUGUUCUCUACUGCAGAUAACCAUGUUACCGUUGACUACAUCAAGGAUUUCGCGUCUUCGGCCUUCACGAAGGACAACGUUGCUGUUCUGGGCACCGGUGUUAGCCAGGAAACCCUCAGCAAGCUCGUUGAGCAAUCCUUGGGCUCUCUCGCCUCUUCUGGUUCCCUUUCAUCCCCCGCUUCGACCUACUUCGGUGGUGAGACCCGUGUUGAUUCUCACCAUGGUCCUCAAACCGUUUUCAUUGGCUUUGGCAAGACUGGCGCAUUCUCCCCUGAACUCGCCGUUCUUAGUUCGCACCUCUCCCCUCAGCCAUCUUUGAAAUGGAGCAAGGGUCUUUCACCUAUUGUUGCCGAAAUCCCUGAGACCGCGUCUGUACAGACCGUAUUGUUGCCUUACUCUGAUGCCUCGUUGUUCGGAUUGCUUGUCCAGGGUCAGACUACGGAGGACGUCAAGGCUGCUGGAAAGGCUGCUGUGGCUGCUUUGAAGGAGGCCGGAAAUGUCAAGGGUGAGGAAUUGAAGAGGGCUAUUGCCAAGGCGAAGUUUGCUAUUGCGAGCAGUGCGGAGGGCAGAAAUGGCUUGAUUGCGACGUUGGGCCCUAAGGUUCUCUCCGGUGCUGCUUCGACGCUCGAGGAUACACUUUCUUCGCUCGACAAGGUUCAAGCUUCUGCAUUGUCUCAGGCGACUGCUUCUCUCUUGAAGACUAAGCCGACGUAUGUUGCUGUCGGGGACAUCAGCGCACUUCCAUAUGCAGAUGAGCUCGGGCUCUGAGAUACAAUCUAGAUUACUUUAGUAGUAACAAUUCAGUCUAACCUCAUCCUCUGGCUUUUCGGUCAAGCUGCCGUAUUAUCCGUCAGUGCAAAGACAUCCGAGAUGCUAAGAUGAUGCUGAAUUGCUAUAAAUUGUGACACUCAUCAAAACGUUUAUAGAAAGCGUAAAAGACAGAGUCUGUGUUCAAUUCGGAUCGAAACAAUAUCCCAUUCCUUUAAGGACUGAAGUUGACGUCAGGAAGCGAGUCGGGUGGCUGUAUAAGUAUGUUUGAGAGUUAGCGUUAAAGUACGAAAACUCUAGUCUCCCCCAGGCAGACUUAUAUACAGGUCUAUAGAAGGGAGGACGGACGCGAAAACUCGAGGCGGCUUGAUUUGCCUGGUGCAGAGUAGUUCAUACGCAGGUGCGACAAUCUUAACCUUAUACGUAGAUUAUA